UGCGUCAAUGCGUGUUGAUAUAGCUAUGCUCAGAUAACCGAUAGAAUAAUUUCACGUUUGUUUAUCACUGACAAGAAGGCGGGAAAUAAAGGAAAGUUCGAGAAAAUUCAUCCUCGCGACUCGCGACCUCCGAUUCUCCGAGUGCGGAAUCAUGAUAACGCGACCGACGUUAACGCAGAUUCGGCGGUUUGCGCAGAAGGUCAGCGUGAAAUUGAACGCCGAAGUGAAGGAGCUCAUUGAGAAGGAGGAUAUAAAACCGAGGAAGCAUCCAGGGAUCAUCAAAUCUAGUAUCGUUGAAUUGCCUGAAUGGGUUAAAAAUGCAAUCAACGUUUUUAUGAUAGAUAAAUAUGGGAAACAAAUUCGAACUGAAGCACAGAAAUUCGGGAGGAGUUUACAAGGACGACUUGCACCCAUCGAGUCGGGUGAGAUGAAAAACAAGUACGAAGACCUACAAAAUGCCGGUCUGAUAAAACAGAAGCUGCAAGACGCACCGCUGGAGGACAUGGAGAAAUUCAGGAACAAUAACCACAAAAAAGUAUUAAAACUACUCAAUUCCCGAAUUUGUAAUGCCGGCGCGAUAGAGUAUAACACGCAUAGAGGCAAAUUGUAUGCGGUGGCGAGGGCAGCGCCAGAUUUUGCCAUAUUAUCUAGGGUUUUUCAAGAAAUAACAGCAAGGGAUGCAACUUUCAGGCCACAGACUAUAUUUGAUUUUGGAUCUGGCAUCGGCACAGUUUUGUGGGCAGCAACAAAAGCAUGGCCGGAUUCAAUCAAGGAGUAUUUUGGCGUGGAUAUUGCGGUAGAAAUGAAUGAUCUGUCUGAACAGUUGGCAAAAAACGCCAUGCCGAAAGUUCGGACGGUUUAUAGACGUCAGUUUUUUCCUGCCUCGCCUACCCCGUCUUACGAUGUCACUGUUAGCGCGUUUUCCUUACUAGAGCUGCCGAAUGCCGAGGCGAGGCUCGAGUCGAUAUUAAAGCUCUGGAGAAAAACAGGUCAUUACAUGGUUCUUGUAGAACAAGGGACAAAUGCAGGUUUCGGACUUCAAAAGUCAGGGAUGGAAAGAGAUCCCAAACCAGCCUACGUAUUCGCCCCGUGUCCUCAUGAUCUGGCGUGCCCAAGAUAUCUAUUGGACCAUACUCCGUGUAACUUCAGCGUCCCGUAUAUGACUAACAUUCCUGGACCGAAAAGUCACCUCUACAAUGCUCGGUUUUCCUACGUAAUCAUCAAAAAGAGUGAGCGCCCGGACGCCGACGAGAAAUGGCCCCGUAUCGUGAGGCCUGUUUUAGUUCGUUCCCGACAUUCAGUAUGUCGGAUGUGUACAGCUUCCGGGGAGUUAAAAGAAGUCAUCUUUACUGCUUCUAAAUUUGGCAAAAUGACGUACCACUGUGCGAGAUCCAGUAACUGGGGAGAUCGACUGCCUGUAUCUUUGGAACAGAUCUCUGAGGAAAAUUCUGAAGAAAAUGGUAGUGACGGUAGUGAUAAGGACACUGAAUAAGUUUGUAGAAAUACCUAAUUUUUACUUUUAUGAUAAAUUCAUGUAUGAAUUGCUAUAAACUCUUAUUUUCCCCAACUGUCAUUCAGGGAUGAAUUCUGUACUAAAUAAUUGGUUGAGGACUAGUGAAUUUUAGUUACACGCACUGAGAUAUACUUUUAUCAACUAUUAAACCAUUAUAAUUAUUAUUAUUAUAUAUAAUAUUUAAUAUAUUUGUUAUCACAGAUGAGUUGGAAGCAGAGAUGAGGAGGAUCCCUGAGUUGGGCCGCCCCUGGGCAGAGUUGAGUUGGCCCUGGGAGGUAUCAAGUGGGAAGUGCACGAGCCGCUUGCAUUCUGCUGCACCUUUGG